AUGGACAUCCUGCGACUAGACAUAGAGCUUGAUAGGUCAACUAAUCGAAAGGUUGUAAACCUGCGAUUUCGGCUACUUCAAUCCAUAGGUCAGGGCCAAUUUGGUAAAGUGCUAUUAGCUGAGGAUAUAACAUCUAAGGGCCGAGAAUACGUUGCUAUAAAAACCAUCAAUCGAGUCGAUCGUGCCAAACUAAUUACUAAGACGUACCUUAGCCACACCACAAAGAUCAAACGCGAGAUCCAAAUAAUGAAAGAGUGUGCUCACCCCAAUGUCGUCAAGUUAUAUCUUGUUAUAGACGAUCUAAAGUUUGACAAGAUUCUACUUGUGCUCGAGUACUGCAAGUUUGGCGAAAUAGACUGGAAGAAGUAUAAUCACUAUCAUGAAAAAUAUCUCAAAGAUGGUAACAAGGGAAUUACCUUAAAUCAAAUAGUCCGCGAUGUCGUCAAUGGAUUGGAAUACUUGCACUGUUAUAAGCACAUCAUCCAUCGUGAUUUGAAACCAUCAAAUCUUCUUAUAGGUCUGGACAGGACAAUCAAGAUCUCUGAUUUUGGUGUUAGUUUGAUUUUGGAGAAUAACAUCAACGAUGAAAAGGAACUCGGCAAGACGAUGGGAACGCCGGCUUUCUACGCGCCCGAGCUCUGUCAAUUUGUGAACAAAAGACUCCUGAUGCUCAACGAAGAAGACAUGGCAAGAUCAAAAGUUGACGCCCGUAUCGACAUCUGGUCGUUAGGUGUCGUAAUAUAUUGUUUGUUCUUUCAUCAACUCCCCUUCGAGGGCCACAACGAGUUCAGUCUAUUCAAGACUAUAGUCAAUGGCGAGCUCAGCUUUCCCAAAACUAGAGAAAGUACCCAUGUUAGAGUAGACGAUUUGAAGGAGCUUGAGCUUCUAAAAGAUCUCAUAAAGCGAUUGCUUUCAAAGGAUGCUGCAUCACGUCCUACACUUAAUGACAUCAAGCAUCACAAAUUCACUACUUUUGAAUUGACGAAGAAGGAAGCAGACAAGUUUUACGAAUAUAAUAGAGCUGUAAUUGCUAAGCAUGACCCUAAAGCAUUCGAUGCAUUCGAGGAAGAAAAUCGUCUCACCAACAGAAUCAAGCGCCUCUUUGGCGUAGGUAAGGAGCAGGGUGUUUCUGCUCCAAGGUUGAAGGAUAAUGACGUGAAGCCGCAAGGGAAGAUUAACAUCACUGACCUUGAGAAAGUUGACGAUCUUCUAGACUCUUACUUAGACGAUUCGAGCUCGAUGGGCUCACUAUCAGAAGCAGAGGAAGAUGCAGCGCCAGCUAUCGAUACGACGAAUCUUCUCUCCUCUUUUCACUCAGAGAAAAAAUUGCCUUCCGAUACACCAACAUUGCAUAACUCGAACUCUUCACAUCUGAGCGUACUGAAGCUUUCGAGAAAAUCCAUCCCACCACCAUUAAAACUCCAAUCCAGCACAUUUGAUAUGCCCCAGAACUCAAGCUUAUCAUCACAUUCAUUCCUUCAUGCCCCGCCCUCGCCGUUUAGUUCCGGACAAAAGACACCAAGCACUUCGGGCAGUAAUACAGUGGUAAUUGGAGAGAGCUCGCCCUCGUCUGUGAAAUCGAUCUUCAGUCCAAGCCGUCGGUUUUUCGCCAAAUUAAAGCCAACCAUAAAUUCGCUUUAUUCUCCCACUAAUCGCGACUCAUCAGAGGCAGCGUCAUAUUCUGACUUGGCGCCGCCUCCCUUCUUUGGACGCGCUAGUAAGAGGGGUUCUUUUCUGGAGCUGAUAAGCAGUAUGAGCAGUGGGGGAGGCGGUUCAAGGAAGAACUCCAUGAGCUCCAUGAGAUCCACAGGACUUGCCAAGUUAUCGAGUUCCAGCUCACUGUUAAACUUACAUGGGUAUCUUACUGACGAGAGCUUGUCUUCGUUCAGUGGAAAAUGGCAGAAGGCCGUAGAAAGAGAGCUACAGAGUGACGAUGACGGCGACAGUCAGACAGAUAAGCAUAAAGCGAUUGUCUCCGAUGAGGAUCAGGAAAGCGAGGUCGGUGACGAAACGCUCACAAUGCUGCCUGAAAAAGAAGGCGUAGGCGUGGCACCGAUCCAUGGGAGAAAUGUGGACAUGAUGGACCAAUACCUUGACAGACUCGAAAAAAACUAA